UGUGUUUACGUAGUUUCCGGAGCUCCUCCUUCCACGUAACUAGAGGUUGGUGUCUUCGGUAGUGUGGUGUCUUCGCUAGUGUGGUGUCUGCAGAGCACAGCGUUUCAGUUUUUCGAUCCUGCCGCCCGCCUGGCCCGACGCCAUGGGAGUGACUUGUGUGUCCCAGAUGCCUGUGGCUGAGGGCAAGAGUGUCCAGCAGACUGUGGAGCUCCUCACUCGGAAAUUGGAGAUGCUCGGGGCAGAGAAGCAAGGAACGUUUUGUGUGGACUGCGAGACCUACCACACAGCUGCCUCUACCCUUGGCAACCAAGGUCAGUCUGGGAAGCUGAUGUAUGUGAUGCACAACUCAGAAUACCCUCUGAGCUGCUUUGCCCUCUUUGAGAACGGCCCUUGCCUUAUUGCCGACACCAACUUUGAUGUGCUUAUGGUGAAGCUCAAGGGCUUUUUCCAGAGUGCCAAGGCGAGCAAGAUUGAGACCCGUGGCACCCGUUACCAGUACUGUGACUUCCUAGUGAAGGUGGGAACGGUCACGAUGGGACCAAGUGCCCGUGGCAUCUCCGUGGAGGUGGAGUAUGGCCCCUGUGUGGUAGCUAGCGACUGCUGGAACCUGCUACUGGAGUUUCUACAGAGUUUCCUAGGCAGCCACACACCAGGGGCUCCAGCGGUGUUUGGGAACAGACACGAUGCAGUCUACGGCCCAGCAGACACCAUGGUCCAGUACAUGGAGCUCUUCAACAAGAUCCGUAAGCAGCAGCAGGUGCCGGUGGCUGGGAUUCGCUAAUGACUGGCAGCGCCCUGGCUGAGCUCUGUCACCAGGGGACUUCACAGGAGGAAUGGGUGUGCACCCGCAGACCCGCGGACCUCAGGAACCCAGGGCAGACAUGGAGACUUCUUUCCCUCUACAUCUCCCAGCUGUGACUUUGGUUCUGGGCUCUGGACUCCCCUCCCCUGGCCCUCACUCACAGCCCCUCAACAGCUGUUUCACCCCAUGCCUUGUUGGACUUGGCCUCUCCUCAAGAACGGUAAUUAUGAAGAGUGGAGAAGUUCGGAGCUUUCCUGCUUUAGGGGAAAAGGUAGGACAGGGGUGUCCCUGCCUAUUACUGGUGGGGAAAACAUUCUGUAUCUCCAGUUAUUGUGAUUUGGCCUUGGCCCAUGUCAUGCUGCAUUUUGUGCUGGGCUGUGCUGUAAUAAAGGUCUCUUCCUUUACUCAAGGGAUGUGGCAAGGCCUCUCUCCUGGAGAUGGAGGAAGCGCCACAAGUUGUUUGAUGGCUGUCAUUUUCUGACCUGUUUGCUAAAGUGAAUGAUGAACAGACAUUUCUAGGGUGUUGCCUGAAUCCUUCAAAAUCUCCCUCUGGCCUCUUUCCAUUCAGUUGUGAAUUAUGUUAAGCAUGGGCUAAACUACUCUAACAAACAGAACCAAAGUGGUGGUGGCUCUUAGUAGAAAUUGAUUUUUCUCUUGUGAUAUACAGAGGCAGUCACACAGUUCAGGGAAUAUUGUAUUCUACAAGGUUUUCAGGAACUUGGUCUCCUCUUGUCUUGCUGUUCAGCCACCCCUAGUUGUCUCAUCCCCAAAGUCACAGCAGAUUUAUUCAUGUCCAUAUUCUACUAGGGAAAGAGAGAAAGAACAAAAGCUAUUGGUUGCUGAAAUCACUGUGGCCACACUUUGCUGAAGGGCGACUGGGACAUACAGCCUUUCAUUUCAUACAGCCUUUCAUGUGCCCAGUUAAAUCUCACAAGGGGUUGUGACUAAGAGAUGGAGAAAAGUGGAUGCUGGGGCCUCCAUUUGUGACAUAUGCUACACAGAGCUCAAUGGAUGUGCCCAAGAAUGUUAUUGGCUUAGUCCUCCCUAAGCCCCCCGGAACAAAAAGCAUUUAUUUAUGAGUUAGAUUGAGGCACAAUUGGUUCCAGAGCCACUUUCACUUUAUCUGGCUAGAUCAGCCAUACCAAAGUAAAUCCUGCAUCCCUUUCCUAAGUGUUAGCAUCAGGACCUCUCCAGUUUUCAUGCACCCAGAGCUAAGGCUUAGAGCAGUUGACCCUAAUAUUUGUUCUGUGCUUCAUGGUUUCCUGAACUCUUUUUCCUCAUCUCAUUUGAGCCUCCGUGGUGCUGACUUGACCUGUGUUACCUGCUGCUAAAGUUUCCAGUCGGGCUACAGUUCGAUACACAGAGAUGGAUUUAGGAAAUGUGUUGAUGUAUGUACUGCAGAGUACCCUCAAGGAAGCUGUCCCUCACUGAAGCAUUUAAAUAGAAAUUGUUUUCAGAGCUGAAGUUUCUGCUUCAAGGAUCAGUUAGUGGUCCUGUUUUCCUCUGACUUUGCCUGGCAGGAUACUCAAUUCAACUUUAUAACUGCGGGAGCAUUUUUGGUUCAUACUUCUCCUUGGUUUUUUCAUUUGCUCCUUUGAUUCAGUUUUACUUUUUUUAGCUAAGGUGUGUUUUAGAUAUCACACACAAUAAAAUGCAUGGAUCUUAACUAUUUUGGCCUUCUGAUGUAUGUUGAUUUAUUUGUAUUUGUGUAUAGGCUGCCUCAAAUCUCUUAUGAGAUGAGAGAGCAUUUAAGCACUAUUUGGAACAUAACUGUGUUCCUGAAAACAUACAGUAAUUGAGUGUAUGAAUGGAUAUGACUCUAGGUUUACAUAUUAAAAAGAGAGACUGUUUCCUUAAAAAUAAAAAAUAAUACAAAUUCCCUAACUAGAGUUUGCUUUUUUUUUUAAAGAUUUAUUUAUUUAUGCAUACAAGAGCUGGGGUAUAGGCCAGAGGUGCUGGAGGUGAGAGGAUUCACCAGAGACAGAGUGGGGAACAGAACAGGCAGAUUGACCAAAGUACACUGCUGAGGGGAGUAGCGGGCGAGUCAGGAGAGGUCUGCUGCACCAAGUGGGUUGCUCCCUGGCUGGCUGGGGAUAGAACUCGUGCUGCAGAGGUUGCGGACAGCUUCAUAGGUUGUGUUUUAAACCCUUGUGCCACCAGGGAGGCCCCUAGUUUGCCUUUUUAGACAGUCUUGGCUCAUAAGUUUCCAGCAUUUUUUGCUUUGCUUUUGUUCUUUUCUCUUAUAUUUGAGUGUACACCUGACCCACUUGCAGUCCAGUGAAAAGCAGACCAAGCUUUAAGAACUGCUUUUGUUCGUUUUUGUCCUUUGUGUCAUUUAAAGGAAGUUGAUCACUAAAAAAGACAGGUAAGGCACUGCAUUUCUACAAAUAGGGCUCCACUAGCAAAGCUGCCAUGAACUGAUUACUAGUGGGGAGCUCCCAAGAGUCAGUCCUCUUUUAUGUGUAAGUCUGAAUGAGGGUUGUAAGACUAGUUUAAGAUUAUCAGUAAAUCAUUUUUGAAAGUUCAGGUUGAAUGAAAGUUGAGGGGUAUUUGUGUAAAUUUAAGGAAAAGGGCAUGGUUAGCCUCAUUAUAUAAAUAAAAAAUAUUUAAACUCAAUUAGUCAGUGAGAUGCCAUAUAUUUGGGUUGAAAUUUGAUGUUUUUUGGGCCUUCCUAGUGGCGCAGCAGAUUGAGCGCAGAGCUGUGAAGCUGUCCACUGCCUCUGCAGUGCCGGUUCGAUUCCUGGCUGGCCAGGGAGAUUCCUACAUGGGGAGGC